GCGUUUUAUUGGUCAACCAGGACCUGUUGCUUCAUUUCUGAAGGUAUAGACAUGUCUUACAAAAAAAAAAAAUCGGUAUUCAUGGUAGGACAAUACAAUAACUGCAAAUUAAGUAGGAGCUCGACCAUGCAAAGGCUGUUUUCGUACAGGUAAGUACAAUCGAGCGUGGAAGAAGACGAAGAAAUUAAAUACCCGUCGUAUACAUACAAAUACAAAUCCCCUCUCUGUCCCUUGUAUAUCAUGUCUUUACCGAUACAGUGUAUAUAAGUGGGCACUUGUCGUUUUCACUUUCGUAUACAGCUGUAUAUAUUAUACAGUAGGGCACGCGCGCGAUUCCAAUUGGAGCGUAUAUGUACUCACAAUCAACGAUAACAACGACAGCCGGCGUUUCCGGAAUUCCUUGGCUUGCGUCAGAUAAUGCGCGAUAUAACGAUUUGAUGCAAUCGAUUGGCUUGGCCUUUUUCGCGAAGAUCGGUAUUGAUCGGCAUAGGGUACAAUGUUGGCGGCUUUUCUCAUACUCGUGUCUCUUGUAAAAUCCAGCCACAGCCAAUGUCUCACCGGCAACGACAACCCCAAGGUCAUGGCGAACGACACGAGGACGCAGCUGAGCGGCGCUCGGCUCAACUUCGGCCUCGCGAGUCUGAGACACCUCGCCGACAUCGAGCCCGAGGAGAACGUCUUCUUCAGCCCGCACAGUUUGUACGAAGCCCUUGGCUUGGCGUACUUUGGUGCGCGCGGUCACACCGAGGCUUCCCUCAAAAUGGCCCUGCAGGUGCCCGACGACCUGUCCAAGUUGGACGUCGCCAGGUUCUACGCGUUCGAAAAGUCGGAGGAGCUCUUGCGCAAGAAGGAAUCCGGAAGCGACUACGAGUACCAAGUGGCGAACCGUUUGUUUUUGAGCGGCGAGAAAAAAAUGCGCGAGUGCAUGUUCGACUUUUUCGGCGAUGAGCUCGUGCGCACCAACUUCAAGUCCAACCCGAUGGCCGCUCGCGAGGCCAUCAAUCAGUGGGUGAGCAACGUCACCCGCAACAACAUCCGCGACUUUUUGCCGGCCAACGCGAUCGACGAGAGCACCGACGCGGUCAUUGCCAACGCCGUGUACUUCAAGGGGCUCUGGAAGAGCAGGUUCGACCCCAAGAUGACCAAGAGGGACGUUUUCCAUCUGGGAGACAACACCAUGACCACCACGCUAUUCAUGAGGAAAAAGGGACUGUACAAUCACUUGUCAUCCGAGGAGUUGGGCGUUCAUAUUCUGCAGUUGCCCUACAAGGGACACGGCAUCUCGAUGUACAUCCUCCUGCCGCCGUUCGUCACCACCUCGUCCCAAGCCCGUUCGGCGGACAAGCCAAAGCUGGACGCGAUACAACAACUGUUGCAACGCAUCUCCGACCCGUCGAGCCAAAACGCCCAGGAGCUCCGCGACAUACUCGACAACGGCAUGCAGUCGCGCGACGUCGAGCUGACCAUCCCCAAGUUCAGCAUGGAACGCGAGCUCCCGACCAAGGAGCUACUCGACGCCAUGUCUGUCCACGGCGUGUUGGACCCGAGCGCGAACUACACCGGUUUCACCAAGGACGGGGAAAAGGGCAUUCAACUCGACAGCGCCCUGCACAAGGCCAAAAUCGAACUAACCGAAGGUGGCACCACCGCCGCCGCUGCCACGGCUUUGUUCACCUUCCGCUCGAGCCGGCCUACCGAGCCGGCGAUCUUCAACGCCAACCACCCGUUCGUCUACUUUAUCUACGACAGGUCGACGCAGGCCAUGCUGUUUGCCGGUAUAUUCCGCAAACCUAACAAAAAGUAGACCCAUUGUUUUUUUUAGGUUAUGUUGUUCCCCCUCCCCUGACGUUUAUUAAUGUAUUACAUCAUCCGCCGGUGCUGCCGCUGCGCGUGUGCAAGAGAGAGAGUGUGUGUGUAACACAUAUAUAUAUAUGUGGCGUCUCACCAGCGAGUAGAGCGUAGAGCCUGAAGCUCGAGAGAUGUGAGACGCCACAUCUAUACUUAUAUUGUUGGUUAUGUUGCGUUCGGAUCUCCGAAGAGUAAGUAUAGUUCGGAUAAUAUAUAUACACAUAUCAUUAUAUUGUCGAUGAUAAGAAGAGUGGAUUCUUAUUUAAAUUAUGAUUUUUGGAGCUUGAAUUUCGAGGCUCGGAGUUUGUUUGUUUGUUUUUUUUUUUUUUUCAUCAUCAGCUGCCAAAGUAACACACAUCGAAAGACAACUAAGUAAUCUUUGUAAUUAAAGUUUGAUUCAUGUUCAGAUCUGCAUGUACAUAAAGAAGACUAACCAGUGCUGGUUUAUUACGAUAAGUUUUUCAUAAAGAGUUGGACAAAUAAUUCGUAAAUGUUCAUAGUCCGUAAAGUAUUGUUUUUCAUUUUUUUCUUACUGAUAUCAGCGAUCGAGACGGGAUUUUACUGACCCGUUUGAGCAUUUUUGUAACUACAUUUCCAUAGAACCACUUAAUUUCAGUACCAACGACUGAAUCACUACAUGUCAAUCCGACUAAUACGUUUUUGAAUUUCUCUAAUGGAAUUAUUUUGCUUUACCUUGUACCUUGUACAUAUACGCAUAUAUAUACACUUAUUAUGUUGUUUCAACAUAUAUACACGUUGAAUAAAAUAUAUUCCUUUUUGUCGCACGAGAGGAACACACCAAGGUGCGUCCCAAGCUUUAUUAGGUAUGUAUAAUUUCCUACAGUCAACAUCAUUAUAUUGAAGUAACAAAUCGCCCUUUUAAAGGCUAUAGAAAUAAACCAUAUUGAAAAGUCAA